UAUUGAUUAAUUUGUGGGGUUUACUUCUUUUGCACUCUCCUCCAUAGCUUUUUUUUGUUUGUGUCUUAGUUCAUCAUCAAAUUCUUCUUCUUAGCUGGAAGCAAAAGAAGUAUCAUAUGAGCUCUAAUUUUUUAACAUUGGAAAUUGGAAUGCUUCAUCCUUGUGAGGGGUAUCAUAUUAGCUCAAGACCUAAAAACGCAUGUUUUCUCACCGUUUUGGCCUAUCGAAAGAAACGCACCGUUUAACUCUUUGAUCUUACAGGGAAGAACGCCAGAAGACACCUCCAAAAGAGAGGAGGAGAAAGAUAGGUGACAAUGCUCCAGAAAGGAGAGGAAGAAGACGAGAGAAGAGAAGAAGCUAUAGCAUCAAACCCAUCUUUGCAGCCGGAUUUCAAGCCCAAACGUGUCACUCAAGACCAGCUUUCCAAGCUACAAGAGCUACACAAAAGGCGCUUACAAAUAAAAUCAAAGAUUCAUAAGAAAUCAAAAGACCUCAAAAGCAAAGAUACGGGCACAAACAUUGAAGACUCAGGUGCUCCUGACUUGAAACCCCUUGAUGACAAUGCCAGCUUCUCUACUCCACAAGACAAUGUGUCAGCACAUCAUUCAGAAAAGAAACGCCAGAAAUUACACUGGGGGCUUGAUACAAAGGAAAGAUGGGAGAGAAAAGCCAAUAUGUAGACGUCACUGGUUGUUUGAGACGCAGCGCACCUGAUCUGAAGUUCGCCUCUCAAAAUAUUUGCAAAAGGCGCCUGAAGUUCCGUUCCUAUAUUGGGUUUCAUUUACAUGUUUCGACAAACAUCGUCAUACACAAGCUCUUAAUGAUGUAACGAGGAAUAUAUUUAGAAGGGCUGCCAAAUAACGACUAGGUGACUUGGAAAAGAUGGAAUAGAAAGUGUUUGGUUUGAAUGUAAA